CAAUUCUCCCUCACCCUGGCCGUCCUGUACUAUAUUUCUUUUACCUUGGGGAGAAAAACCCGCAGCUUCCUUAUAAGCCCGGCAGUGCUACGCUGGCUAGCACUACAGACGAAAGGAACUUGGGGGUCAGGAUUGACCACAAGAUGAACAUGAGCCUGCAACGUGAUGCUGCAGCUAGUAAAGCGACCAAAAUGCUGGCUUGGCUUCUCAAGCAAAUCCCAGGACGUCAUUCUCCCAUUGUACUCAUCCUUGGUGAGGCCACAGCUGGAGUACUGCGUCCAGUUUUGGGCUCCACAAUUCAGGAAGGAUGUGGAGAAGCUUGGGAGAGUGCAGAGGAGAGCCACGCGCAUGACCAGAGGGCAGGAGAACAGGCCUUAUGAAGAGAGGCCGAGAGCCCUGGGGCUCUUCAGCCUGGAAAAGUGCAGGCUCGGGGGGACCUGGUGACCACCUAUAAGUACAUCGGGGUGCUCACCAGGAUCUGGGGGAACACCUGCUCACCAGAGCGCCCCGAGGGAUGACAAGUUCCAACGGUCACAAACUCCUCCGCAAUUGUUUCAGGCUGGACAUAAGGAAGACCUUCUUUACUGUCCGAGCCCCCAAGAACAGACUGCCGCCGGGGGUGGUGCGGGCACCUCCUCUGGACUCCUGCAAGAGACAUUUGGAUGCUUAUCUUGCUGGGAUCCUUUGACCCUAGCUGACUUCCUGCCCCUGGGGCAGGGACUGGACUCGAUGAUCUCCCGAGGUCCCUUCCAGCCCGAAUGUCUAUGAAAUCUAUGAAACCCUCAUGUAACAACGAGAACAGGCGACUUCUCAAGGGCCAUGCUUUUAAAUUCUCUAUUUUCUCUGUUGACCCACAGUUCCCAGUGGAACCAGUGGGUCACCAGCACGUCCAGGUUUCCUUGCUUGACCUUGCACUUUCUCUGUUGUAGAGGCUGCCCCGUCUGCGCAGACGCUCAGGCAGCUUUCCCUUCCAGUUCUCCCUCCUGAAAAUGGGCCACUGUCACCCUGAAUAUUUCCUCUCCAGCCGCGUUACCUGGUAGCUGUUUGCAAAGUAAAAAACCUUCUUUUAUCCCAUCUCUGUCGAUAGACCCGACGUUAGCCAAGAGCUGAGCGUGACUGCUGAUGUCUGUUGACUCAUCAAGCCGCAAAGCACAUUUUCGGCUUGCUUUUAUUUGUUCAUGAACAACAGGUUCAGUGUUGGCUGAGACAUCAUCAACGCGGCGACUUAUCGCAUCAUCUCCAAGGGGAACCUCUGCGAUUUCACCGGGUGCGUCCGAGCCCGCCGACGCGGCUCAGCCCCUUUACGUGCUGGUGAAAUUAAAGACUGCGAUUGCACGUGGCUUUUUUGUCUUUGCAACGAGCUCCGUAGCUUGUCUCCAGCGGGCACCGUGACGCCGUCUUUCAUCAUUUUUGCUUGUUUUUCAUUUUGAUCCUUGAAACACUUGACAAAAUCUUUAUCCUUGUUGGCAAGAGCUGGGUGUUGGGCUGUAGGAUGCUGUUUCGACCUCCUCGAAAGCGUCUCCCCGCACACAAGGCGUCGUGGGAGAAGAAGGCAAGUUGCUCGCCGGUAAACGAAAUCCGUGGUGCAAAUAGCUCUCGCGGCCGUGUCGGCUCGCCCUUCCGACUUGCUCGUCCACGUUCAGCCUCCCCGUGCAGGAGGACGUGCGAACCUUGUCUUUUCAUAUCUUUACCCAUUUUCCCUUUCCUAUUCAGAAGUCAGCGCUGGAAGUGCCCGCUCCGCGAGCGCCCCGCUCUGCACCGCUUCUUUCUGUUCGACGGCGUGCCAAGGCCUGGCGCCCGCGGGCCGGACCCGCAGCACCACGCGAACCUUCGCCGUCCCCCGCCCAGCGCCGCCUUCUUCUACCGAGCCACGUCCCCACAAGGGUCACGGCUCCCGCUCCCGCCCAGGGGACGCCGACGUGGGACAGGCUCGUCCUCUUGCCCCUGGGCGUCGUGGGGGCUGGGAGCGGAGGUGGGGCUCGGGCUGCCGGGGGCCCACGCGUGCCCCGACCCGCGCCGCCCCGCGCAGCGCGGGGAGGGAGACGUGGAGUCACGUGGGGCCGCGCCGCUCCGCCCCGGGGCGGUCCCGCGUGGGUGGGCGUGGCCGCGGGGAGGUCCACCGCCGCGUCACGCGCCGGCACGCGGUCACGUGACUCGAGUGGGUGCGGGGGCGCGAUGGGCCCGGCCAGGCGCGCGUGUCCGUGCCCGUGGGCGCUGGCGCUGCUGCUGCUCGCGGCCGCCCCGCGUGGGGCCCGCGCCGUCCCCCAGGCUGGACAUGGGCAGCUGCAACCGGACAAGCCUGUGCCCCGGGUUCCAGGACGCCAGCACCGCCGUGGUCAUCGACCUGACGGAGAACCCCCUGGAGAAGCUCCCUGACGCCUCCUUCCUGGGCUUCACCAGCCUGCAGAGCAUAGCCGUCCCGCUUGCCCUGGACUGCCCCGGGGGCAGCGCGGCCUGGGAGAACAUCACAGCUGGCGCAGACAGCAGACUCUGCCAGGGCCAGAGGAACGCCUGCAACAGCUCCGGGGAGCUCGCCUGGCUUUGCCCUGAAAACUCCCAGUGCGCCCCCAACGGCCCCGGCCUCGUCCAGUGCCUGUGCUGGGGGCCCUACCACGGCUACAAGUGCCUGCGCGAGGAAUGGAGAGUCCCCCUUGCCCUGGCAUCUCUCCCGUGGCUGCCCUGCUCUGACAGUGAAGACGCAUUUAAGGGAUCCAACCUGAACCUGCUUUACUGCAGCCUCCAAGCUGGGCCCUUCCUCCCCGCGGGCUGCAGCUGCACGGCUCUGCUAGCGACUUGGUGCAGGAACGGGGAGUCUCUGCCGGGAGCAGGCGCCAAGGCUGGGGGGAGCUGCGGCUGCCGGGCAGGGCUGGUGCUGGGUGAAGGGGACUGGGCUAGAGCAACAGGGCGACAUCCCAGCUGAUGCGUGGGGGGCUGCCCACGGUGCCCAAUAACCCAUGCACAGGUCCUGGGUGGGACGUCGCUGGCUGGGCUGUCGUGUUGCCUGGAGGGGUCUGGGGUGCACGUAAGACAGCGCCUGGUUCUGGGCUGCAGGGCCCAGGAGGUGACGCUGCUUCGGCCGGGCAGUUUCAGCCCGUCUAGGCUCCAGGACGGGCUCUCCCCCGUGAGAGACUCGCAGCCCCCUUGGAAAGAGCCAGUUCUUGGUUUCUGCUUUUUGUUUUGUUUUGUGUUUUGCCUACAAAACACAUCUAGAGCAGUGUUUAGACUUCAGGACCUGUGGCUGUGUCUGCCUGGUCCGAGACCUCUGGGCUUAUCUCAGAUGUUCGCCCGCCUGAUGUGCUGGGACGUCUGCAACACCCUUGAACGAAUCUCAGGGCCGGCCAGGCUGCCACGUCCCGGGCUGAGAGUGCGGCGGGCAGCUCUGUGCUUGGGGUUUUAAGGAGGUGGGAAAGCGGAGAGGUCUGGGGUGAGCAAUGGGAACGACCGAGUGGGGACAGGCGGCCGUACAGGGGAGGCUGCACGCAGGGCGAUGUCCAGCAUGGAGACGGGGUGCUUCGGGGCAUCACUGCAGGCUUGAAGCCUGGGAAAGGGCUCGAGACGGAGCGGAGCAGAGGCCUUGUGCUGCAGCCGCGCGGCCUUGGGGCCCGUCUCGGAAGACGCCGGGAGCCAUGGGAGGCAGGAAGGGUGGAAGCUGCCUCCUCGAGGUGCCCAGGCCAGCGCCAGCCUGUCCUGCCGGGGGGACGGGAUGGCCCUGGGGGUCAAGCCCGGCUCAGAGGGUCCCGUGUCCUGAGCUGGGGGCCAUGGGCUCACGGCUGGCUUUGCC